CACCUUUCACAUGAAGGAUAAGCAACAUCUUCAAACAGAACAUGAAAUUAAUGAGAGCAGCUGCUUCUAUAUCACUAAAAGAAUUUGUUGAAUCAACCAAGUGGAUCUUUUAAAAUGGAUUGUCAAGAUACAGACUGCAGAUGCUGUUUUGGGCAUCUAAAAUGUUCUCAUUUAAGCUCAGAGUCUGACAGUGACCGCAGCAGCAGCAGCAGCAGCCCGGGCCACAAGCUCAGAGCCCAAGAAGCCAUGGCGAAGUCCAGGCGCCGACUGUACCUUUGGAUGUGCUUGUCUGCAGCGCUGGCAUCUUUCCUGGCGGGCUUUAUGAUGGGCUGGUUUAUCAAGCCUAUCAAAGAAACAAGCACUACAGAGCGGUAUCAUCAAAAUAUGCGGUGGAAGCUAGUAUCAGAAAUGAAAGCAGAAAAUAUUAAAUCAUUUCUUCGUUCUUUUACGAAACUUCCUCAUUUGGCAGGAACAGAACAAAAUUUACUACUUGCCAAGAAAAUUCAAAGCCAGUGGAAAAAAUUUGGACUAGAUUCAGCCAACUUGGUUCAUUAUGAUGUUCUCCUGUCCUACCCUAAUGAAACAAAUGCUAACUAUAUAUCAAUUGUGGGUGAACAUGGAAUUGAGAUUUUUAAAACGUCAUACCUUGAACCACCACCAGAUGGAUAUGAGAAUAUUACAAAUAUUGUGCCACCAUAUAACGCUUUUUCACCCCAAGGCAUUCCAGAGGAGGGAGAUCUGGUAUAUGUGAAUUAUGCUCGUACUGAAGACUUUUUCAAACUAGAAAGGGAGAUGAACAUCAACUGCACUGGAAAGAUUGUCAUUGCCAGAUAUGGGAAGAUCUUCAGAGGAAAUAAAGUUAAAAAUGCUAUGCUAGCUGGAGCCAUAGGAAUCAUCUUGUACUCAGAUCCAGCUGACUACUUUGCCCCUGGGAUACAGCCAUAUCCCAGAGGAUGGAACCUUCCUGGAACUGCAGCCCAGAGAGGAAAUGUGUUAAAUCUGAAUGGAGCUGGUGACCCACUUACUCCAGGAUAUCCAGCUAAAGAGUACACUUUCAGACUUAAUGUUGAAGAAGGAGUAGGAAUCCCUCAAAUACCUGUACAUCCUAUUGGAUAUAAUGAUGCAGAAAUAUUAUUACGACACUUGGGAGGACUUUCCCCACCAGAUGAGAGCUGGAAGGGAAUGCUUAAUGUUACUUACAGUGUUGGGCCUGGCUUUAUAGGGAAUAAUUCUUUCAGAAAAGUGAAAAUGCAUGUUCAUAACAUCAAUAAAAUUACAAGAAUUUACAAUGUAAUUGGAAUUAUUAGAGGAUCUGAGGAACCUGACAGGUAUGUUAUCGUGGGAGGUCAUCGGGACUCGUGGGUGUUUGGAGGUAUUGACCCAACCACUGGGACUGCAGUUUUGCAAGAAAUAGCCCAGAGUUUUGGAAAAUUGACAAGUGGAGGCUGGAGACCUAGGAGAACUGUCAUUUUUGCCAGCUGGGAUGCAGAAGAAUUUGGACUGUUGGGUUCUACAGAAUGGGCUGAGGAAAAUGCAAAAGUACUCCAAGAGAGAAGUAUUGCUUAUAUCAACUCAGAUUCAUCUAUAGAAGGCAAUUAUACUCUCAGAGUUGACUGUACACCCCUUCUUUACCAGUUGGUUUAUAAACUGACGAAAGAGAUUUUCAGCCCUGAUGAUGGUUUUGAGAGUAAAUCACUUUAUGAAAGUUGGUUGGAAAAAGACCCUUCACCAAACAAUAAAGAUUUUCCUAGAAUCAAUAAACUGGGAUCUGGAAGUGAUUUUGAAGCUUAUUUUCAGAGACUUGGGAUUGCUUCAGGCAGAGUUCGUUACACUAAAAAUAGGAAAACAGAUAAAUACAGCAGCUACCCUGUAUACCAUACUAUUUAUGAGACAUUUGAAUUGGUAGAGAAUUUUUAUGACCCAAUGUUUAAGAAGCAGCUUUCUGUGGCUCAGUUACGAGGGGCACUGGUAUAUGAGCUUGCAGACUCUACCAUCAUUCCUUUCAAUAUUCAAGAUUAUGCGAAGGAUUUGGAAAACUAUGCAGCAAGUAUCUUCAAUUUAGCCAAGAAACACAAUCAACAACUAAGAGACUAUGGAGUAUCAUUUGAUUCCUUGUUUUCUGCUGUGAAAAAUUUCUCAGAGGCUGCUUCAGAUUUUCAUAGAAGACUUACACAGCUAGAUCUUAAUAAUCCCAUUGCAGUGAGAAUUAUGAAUGACCAGUUGAUGCUGCUGGAAAGAGCAUUCAUCGAUCCCCUGGGUUUACCAGGAAGGCGGUUCUAUAGGCACAUCAUCUUUGCUCCAAGUAGCCACAACAAAUAUGCUGGAGAGUCAUUUCCUGGGAUUUAUGAUGCCAUGUUUGAUAUCGAAAACAAAGCAGACCCUCAUUUGGCCUGGAAAGAAGUAAAGAAACAUAUUUCUAUUGCAGCUUUUACAAUUCAAGCAGCAGCAGGGACGUUGAAAGAAGUGUUAUAGGAAGGUCUCAAUCAAGUGGCUAUUAAAGGUGUUGCUGAAAGUCUGAGGAUGAAAUUUAUCAUUUUUGAUGACUCAUGAAGCCAGAGGGUUCUAAAAAUCUUGAUUUUUCAUGUUAUGUUUUUAUACUCACAUCUUGUUCACUGCAGAGUUUUUGUCUUUUGUAUGCAUGACCAAAGGAAACAACCCAAAUGCCAACAAUGAUAAGUUGAUAAAUUAUGUAUAUCCACAGUAAAAUUCUAGUCAGCAAUAUAAAAAUGGAAGAAUUCUCAUUAUACGCAGUCUGUCAGUACAUACAGUGUUGAGUUAAAGAAGCUAGAAAAAAAUACACAGGUAAAAUUUAUAUGAAGAUGUGGCAAAACUGUGGUGACAAAAAUCAGUGAUUGGAUGUGGUAAGGGGGGGAGGAUGGCUGCCAAGACACAUGAAGCUUUCUCAGAGAAGUGGAGUGUUCUGUAUCUUCAGCUGAGUGUCACCUACACAGGUGUAUGCAUUUGCCAGACUCAUUAAACUGUAAACAUAAAAUGUGUCCAUUUUACUAUAUGACAAGUCCCAAUAAAAUUGACUUUUAAAAUCCCAUAAAAAACAAACAUCCAUGCAGAGAGACCAGAAGAUUAUAUCUUCUCUUGUAAAAUCACUAUAGAAUACAAAUAGAAAAAAGUCAGUAAUAUCUUUUGAUAACUUCAGUUUUACCGAAUAAGCAUUUAAGUUGGCUUGGUGAGGAAAUCCGCCAAAAAUGUCUACAUUUUAACACCUAUAAAAAUUAUAUCAGCAUCUCCAUCUUUAUGCAGAGCCUCAGAAUUAUAAGAAAGCAUGAUGUAACCUUAAUAAACUUGAUCAGUUACUUUACUGAAAGGAGUUGAUAAUCAGAAAUUAGAAGAGCUUUUAUAGGCAAAUACACUAAAAUGAAAAAAUGACAGUGCAAAAUUUGCAACUUAAUGUUUCUUUCACUGGUAAAUGAUUUUGUUUUUGUCCUCUUAAUCAGUAGCCGAUCAUUAGUGACAGAGCUUGUGAUGCUGUGGUAUGCACUGUAUGCAGCCCAUGACACAGGGUAUAGGGUAUGAUAUGUUCAGUACACAGAAUGUAUGUUUGAACUUA